AUGGGCCCUGGUGGAUAUCUUAAAACAGAAGCUGUCUUCACCGGGGGCUGCACGGAGCCAGCCGGGAAAAAUAUUUUUGUUGAACGGCAGGAUGUGCCCGAGACGUGGUCAACGAGUUUUACGGAGGGCGACACCGCGGCGCACAAUUUUGAGGUGACGGGCUUCUCGCUGCUAGACGGCAUGGGCGCCGGCAACUUUGUCUCGUCGAGCACAUUCUUCGUCGGCGGCUGCGAGUGGGACAUCACGUUCUACCCCGACGGGUGGAAGGCGGGCGGUGGCGCCCACGCCUCCGCUUAUCUGCGUCUAUGCAAUGGAGAACUAGGGUUGCAGACCAACUACACCCUGAGUUUAUUGGGCAAGGAUGGCCAAGUGUUUGUGCAACGGAGCAUAGAACAUACCUUCCAGUCCGCAGGUAUUUUUUGGGGCUUCGAGCACUUUGUCCAGAAGUCCAAGCUGCGACGGCUGCUAUCCGACAACGAGGACUGUGUAACGAUCAGGUGUGUUUUGACUGUCAUGAGGAAGCAUGACACUUUGGCCAUCCCGGCCCCGCCGUCGAAUCUGCAAGAGGAUUUUGCAAGGAUGUUGAAGGACCAGGAAGGCGUGGAUGUAACGUUCAUCGUGGGUGACAAAUCGUUCCGUGCUCAUAGACACGUGCUGGCGGCACGAUCACCGGCCUUCAGGGCAGAGCUUUUGGACCCGACAAAGGAGGACCCUACAAAACCCGUCAAGGUUGAUGACAUGGACCCCGUCAUCUUUGAGGCGCUUCUUUAUUUCAUGUACACGGAUACGCUCCCACAUGGUUGUGAUCUUGAGAAAAACGCGACGCUGCAACAUUUGUUUGUUGUCGGAGUUCGAUAUGGCCUGGACAGGCUAGCGGCGAUGUGCGAAGGGAAACUAUGCCAAAACAUAAACGAGCAAACAGUGGCAACCGCCCUAACUUUGGCAGAGUGGUAUGACCGCGUCCUUCUCAAAAAUGCUUGCAUUGCAUUUGUGUCGUCGCAGGAUGUGCUCGACGCCAUGAAGGAGACCAAUGGAUUCAAGCACCUCAUGACACGCUAUCCGGGGGUGAUGGUGGAUAUUUUGAAACAGAAUCUGCCGUCGUCAAUAGGGGUGGUGAGAGGAUGCACGGACUACCACCUGCUGAUAAAUUUGACAAAAAGGACCCCCUCGACUGUGGCGGCAAGUGCGGCAGGCGACACGUGGCACCUGCCGCCACGCAGCGAGGCGGCAGCACUGUACCGCCUGCCAGAACGGGAAUCGGCGCUGGCGACGGAACGGCUGCGGCGUGUGGAGCCCGGCCGCCAAGGGGCGUGGCGGCAGUACUGUAGCGCCUGGGCCCGGCCGCCUCGCGGGCUGGCGGCAGCCCUGUUCAUCGCCCUGCUGCUACUGCGCGCUAAGGAGCCGGCCACCGCUGCUGAUUGCUACUGCUGCUGCAUGGAAAAGCGCAUGGCGCUGCUGUUGAAUGCACAAGUCCAGCAAAGCACAAAGCGCAUGCGGCCACAAGUUUUGAGGCACUGA